AUGGGAUGGAACAACCUAACAAGACCCUCUGAAUUCAUACUCCUGGGGCUAUCCUCUAGGCCUGAGGACCAGAAACUUCUCUUUGUCUUCUUUCUAAUUAUCUACCUCAUCACUGUGAUGGGAAACCUGAUCAUUAUCUUGGCCAUCAAUUCAGAUACUCACCUACAAAUCCCCAUGUAUUUCUUUUUGAGCAUUCUGUCCUUUGUUGACAUUUGCUAUACAACAGUCAUUACACCAAAGAUGCUGAUAAACUUCAUAUCAGAAACAAAGACCAUAUCCUAUGGUGAGUGCCUGACCCAAAUGUAUUUCUUCAUAUUGUUUGGUAAUGUAGAUAGCUACCUGCUAGGGGCCAUGGCCAUUGACCGCUAUGUGGCCAUAUGCAACCCCUUUCGUUACAUCACCAUCAUGAACCAUAAAUGUUGUAUCUUACUGCUCGUUAUCUCCUUCUGUGUCCCAUUCCUCCACUCACUCCUGCAUGUCUACCUGAUUGAUCAACUUUCCUUCUGUGCUUCCAAUAUUAUUCAUCACUUCAUCUGUGAUGUCAACCCAGUGCUAAAGUUAUCUUGUUCAUCUACAUUUGUUAAUGAAAUACUGAUAAAAACUGAAGGACUAUCUGUCGUAUUGACCCCCUUUUCGUGCAUCAUCAUCUCAUAUCUGAGAAUCCUCAUCACUGUUCUAAAGAUCCCUUCAGCUGCUGGAAAGUACAAAGCCUUCUCUACCUGUGGCUCUCAUCUCACUGUAGUGAUCCUGUUUUAUGGGAGUGUUAGCUAUGUCUAUUUCCAGCCUCUUGCCAGCUACACUGUCAAGGACCGAAUAGCAACAAUCAUCUAUACCAUAUUAACCUCCAUGUUAAACCCUUUUAUAUACAGUCUGAGAAACAAAGACAUGAAGCGGGGCUUGGGUAAGCUUAUAGGUAGGAUAAAGUCCCUCUGA